CAGCCAGAGUUCGCUUCGAACACACCAGGCCCAAUGGCGAACGUUAAUUUGCAGAUGCCGCUGAUUGCAGCAGCCACCACCAUACUGACAAUUGUCAGUGGGGCCACCGCCAGCACCGCAUCCUCGACAGAGACGGCCAAGAACCACCCAUCGUAUCACAAUAUGGGGUCUUUGUUCGAGAAUCGAUGGCUGCCAAUGGAUCAGCCGAUGCAGCAUCAUCCCAAUCAUCGGUAUGGCUUGGCCAAAAUCGCACGGGGAAAUGCGGGUGAAAGGAGGGCCUUUAGCAGCGGCCAUUCCUCAGGCUCCCGGCAAGGAUUGGCCAACGUGCUCAACGGGCUAACAAAUCUCUCGGGCCUGGGACACAUUUCCAAUGGGUACGGCUCGGUGGCGCCCACCCAUACGGAGGCACUGGCCCUGGGCUCCACCAAACAGGAGAUACCGAUUUACGAGGAGCACAAUGAAGAUGCCGCCGCGGUGGCUGCCGUUGCAGCAGCUGGAGCCCAUGAUUUCGGCUCGGGAAAUGGACAAUCUGGCGGUGGAUUGGAGAACAAUCAAGAACAUUCGCCGAUUUACAAUUAUCCCGGUGACGCACAUAAUGGUGGAUUUUUGCCAGCCUACGGUUCAGCUGGAUCUGGUCCCGAGCAGGACUACGCACAGUGGUCAUCAUCGACGCCGGAGGAGCAGCAGCCGGAACAGCAGCAGGCAGCUCAUCCCUAUGCGUACGAUAAAAUUUCAAUGGGGAAUUUCCUGCCGCCGUACUCUGGAUAUGAUGACCAGCAGGGGCAGCUUUACCACCAGCAGUUGCAACACCAACAGCAGCAGCAACAACAGCAUCUGCAGCAGCUGCAGCAGCAACAGCAGCAACUGUACCACCAACAGCAGCAGCAGCAGCAUCAGCAGGAGCAGGAACAGCACUCUUCGUAUUUUGGCCAUCAUGAACCAUCCAUUUCUGGAUCGGCUUCAUCAUCGGCUUCAUCUGCCUCGAGCGGAUCUGGUGCUGAUGACUUUGAGGAGCAUCCCGAUGCUGGGCAGGAGCAGAGCUCCAACUACUUGUCGGAGGCAAGUGGUCAUGGCCAGGGACACACCCAUCACUCGCAUCAUGUGGAUAUCAUUAACUAUGUGCCGGUGAAGCAUGUGAAGAAGCAGCACGUGCCGGUGGAGAAGGAGGUGAAGAUACCCAUCUCGCAUGCGGUCAUCAUACCGGUUCGUAAGCCAGUGCCCAUCCACAUACCGAUCACCAAGAACGUUCAGGUGCCGAUAGAGAAGGAACUGAAGGUUCCGGUGGAGCGCCUGAUCCCUGUGCCCGUGGAGAAACACAUCCCAGUGCCGGUGGAGAAGCAUGUGCCCUAUCAUGUGGUCAAAUAUGUGCCCAUCAAGGUGCCCAAGCCGUUUCCCGUGAAGGUGCCCGUCUUCAAAACAGUGCUGCACAAGGUCAAGAGCUGGUGGUAGAAUCUAGGAUGUGCACAUUUAUAAAUCCCCAUCCUGCAUUCCUGCACUCCUGCGCUUCGCAUUUGCAUCCAGAGCACGCGAAUUUCGUUAUAGUUAUAAGCACAUUACGCAUACGCCACCGUCAUCCCAGCCUUUUGUGUCACCAAACCAAAGCGAACAACAUUAUGCAGUUUUGCACAUUUCGUAUUCCAUUUUUAAUGUCGAGUUUUAAAAUUCAUUUAAUCCCCGUGAUGUACAACAAUUUUGUGACUCAUUUAACAUUACAACAAUUUGCAUUAAAAUACAAACACGAACGGGAACAGAAACAGAAACGGAAACCGAAUGAAAAUCGGGAAAAUGGCAAGGCAGACUUUGCACAUACACGUACUGCAAGGACGAGGUUUUUAGCAGCGAUUUCACGGUGCAUUUGUCAUGGACAUAACCCUUUUACCCCCAUCCCUGGUGCCUUCACCUCCUCCUCAUUUAUUUAAUUUCACUUUAAGCGCACACAAUGAAAUUUGUGUUUAAUGAAAUGAAAUUCAUCUUCACAAAAGGCUCGCGCGUUCUCCGCCGCUGUUCGCAGGCUGCCAAAUGCCAUUUCCAGACCAUUACAUCGCCAGUUCGGCCUGGAAAAGUGGGCGCUCAAGUUGGCCAAGAAGGGUAUACCCCUCCCCCCCCUACCCAUCCAUUCGUUACCGGCUCUAAUUAAAUUAAGUGCACACCUUUGUUGUCCCGCUACGCGCCGGCAUGCCGCCCGUGCUGGCCCGCUCGUUCCUGUGUCACCUGUGCAGCUCUCUGCUUUGAUUUGCUGCUGCCGCCCGAUUGAAUUGGCCAAGGGACUGCUAUCCUCUAUUUUUUCCCAGCUCCCAGUUCCCAGCUCCCAGCUCCACUCGGUGAAAAGUAUGCCACAGCAUUGCUUUUAAAUAUGCACUGGACGGCGGAGCUGUUGCAGAAGGGCAAAGCUCGCUGGCGGAAAGAAAGAAUAACAUAUCGUUGCCAGUAAAUUGUCUUCUCCAGCAAUCCUUUUGGCCCGCACGCACAGCCUCCUCCUCAAAUAUGCGAUUGGCACUGCAAGAAAAAAAGUAAUCUUUAAAAGUACACUUCAAGU